AGCGUCAGAAGUCGGCCCCGUAUAAAUUUCCUGGACAUUUGUUUGAGAGAUUUACCGGGAUUUCGCUCAUCAUCCGGCAUGGAGAUCAGUUUACGGUGAAAGAAACUGUCAAAAAGCCGAGAAAUGAAAGCCUGAGAAAGUUCUCCACAUCUCGAUUAUGAUUCACGUCCCUGCAGACGAGGCAGUCGCCAACUGCCCUUGGCACCAAAGGCAGCGAGAGGAUAAACGGCUGCGGAAUCGAGAGGCACGAAGAGACGACGAGUGACGAGCUGGAGCAACAGAUAGAUCGGAACGCGCUGCCAUUGGCGCAGACAGGAUAGGGGAAUGCCUCGUGGAGGAACACGUGGCGGGCGCUCAGUGGUCCAUCGCGCGGGACCUUGGAAAGGGGACCCAGGGGCGAGCAACUGCGCGGGGCGGGGCCAGGGCCCGUCGGACAGCGAGCGAGUCGACGGAGCCAGAAGUCGCGGAUUUGCCGAAUUUCAGUUUUCUAUCGAGCAGCAGAAAUUCGACGGGAAAUCUCGAGGCCCGGGACGGGGCGUAGGAAGUCGGAAUCAGCAGCAGCAGCAGCAGGAGCAAGAAAUGGCGUCGGUGGUUCAGUCCACGGCUCUCUCGUCCGUGCAGUGCCUCUGCAACCACAGCUUGAGGAUUCAGAAUGGUGCAGGAGCUGCGCCGGCUAUGGCCGCCUUCCCCACCGCGUCCAGCAAGCCAAUUGCUCGUCUGGUGACAUGCGCCGUCCAGGAGGGCGCCGAAUCGCACUCCUCGUCCGACAUUUCCCGAAGAGAGGCCGUUCUGUCCGGAGUGACAGCGUUGAUCGGAGGCCUGGGCCUGGCGCCCGCCGCAUUUGCUGAGUUCGAGGAGGAUUACAAGAAGGAGACGCAGGCUGUAAUUGAGCAGGUCAAGGGAACUCUAGCGCUGGAGAAGACGGAUCCCACGAAAUCCGAUGCCGUAGCAGCCCUGAGGCGGUCGUCCAAUGACUGGGUAGCCAAGUACCGGAGGGAGAAGAGCGUGGCAGGCAGGCCCAGCUUCAGCAACAUGUACUCUGUGAUCAACGCUAUCUCUGGCCAUUACACCAGUUACGGCCCCAAUGUCGCCAUCCCUGUCAAGCGCAAAGAUCGCAUUUUUGAGGAGAUCAACAUCGCUGAGAAGGCCCUGAACAGAGGAAGGUAGAUUCAGGGUUUUUUUUUCUCCCGUGCCAGACCGCCAAGAGUCAGCUCCUGACGUAAAGAUUAGAGGUUAUUAGUCGACUUUCUGUUCCCAAACACUCCAUUCAAAGACUCCGCAGGGCUCGUGAGACAACUCUCAUGAAUUUCAUCGCCAUUUGCUGUUAGUUAAACAAUGCAAGUCUUUGUCUCUUGAUUGUAUCAUGUACCACCUGCCUCUAAUGGAAAUUCGCCGCCUUUGUGUGACCCACUCUCUGACAAUUAUCC